UUUAACGAAUACAAGCAUUUUUAGAUAAUUAACUUAAUUAAAUUCUUAUCGAAAUUCUCGUAUAUCAAAUUUUAUAAUCGGCGAGAUAUGCGUCAAAAUACCCGUGAAGCAAAGAAAUCAUUUUUUUAAUCAAUAGGAUUUAGCGAGUAUAAUGGUCAUUCUUAAGCAAAUAAAGUGAUAUUCCUAUAAGAAUUAAUGCUACAAUAGAGCAAGACAAUGGGACAAACAAUAACAACAUCACCCAGAAACCAAUUAUCAUGCCCGGGUCCCAACAAUUUGCCUCCAUUGACGUUCCAUGCUGUGCAUGGUGAUAACAUUCGCAUUUCUCGCGACGGUCAUACCGCUCGACGUGUCGAAAGUUUUUGCAAAGGUGUCACUUUUAGUGCGCGCCCUCUACGUGUCAACGAACGCGUUUGCGUGAGAUUUACUGAGAUCAGUACAAACUGGAGCGGCGUCAUCCGUUUCGGCUUCACAUCAGUCGAUCCCGCGUCGAUGCGUUACAACCUGCCAAAGUAUGCGUGUCCCGAUUUGACAAAUAAACCAGGAUUUUGGGCCAAAGCGUUACAUGAAAGAUAUUGCGUGCGAAAUAACGUCCUUUUUUACUACGUAAACGCAUCGGGUGACGUUCAUUUCGGCAUCAAUGGCGAAGAAAAGGGAGUUUUUAUGACAGAUGUUGAUGCGCGCGCCCCCUUGUGGGCUGUCAUCGAUGUAUAUGGCAACUCGACUGUCAUUGAAUUCCUCGAUUCGCGUAUUUAUGCAUUCCAACAACAGCAGCAGCAGCAACAACAACAACAACCACGUCAUAUGCAUCCGCAUCAUCCUCAUCAUCAUCAUCAAAGAAGCAUCAGUGCCCAAUCCGUCGCAAGCCCAAUCGAGCCAAAUCACGAACCAAAUCAAAUUAUCGCCGCCAUGGAUGCCCUCAGUAUACACAGCGGCAACAGUAGCAACUCCGAAGCGCCAAUCCAAAUACCUCCAUUACGUUUUACCCCCGCCUCUGUCGUAGUUCCUGCCCCUUUUCAUUGCACACGUGGGCGUAACAUAAAAUUCCUCAGUGCUGAACGAAACAUUGCCCUUCGCAACGAAUCCGAAUUCUGCCAAGGAUACGUUUUCACAUCACGUCCCAUUAAAAUCGGCGAAAAGUUCAUCAUUCAAAUCCUGAAAACGGAAAAUAUGUAUGUCGGUUCAAUGGCUUUAGGUUUAACCUCAUGCGAUCCUGCCUUACUUCAACCGCAUUGUGAUCUCCCCGAUGACUCGGAUCUGCUUCUCGAUCGUCGCGAAUACUGGGUUUUGAGUAAAGAUGUCGCCGACUUGCAAAAAUAUGACGAAAUCAAGUUCUGUUUGAUGCCAAACGGUGAAUUGCAGAUCAGUAAAAAUGGCGGACCAUCACGCGUUGUUAUGCACGUUGAUCAAAGCCUAACCUUAUGGGCCUUUUUGGAUGUCUAUGGCUCCACGCAAAGUGUCAGUAUGUAUAGCGAAUAUAUGCCAGCACAGCCUCAACGACACAUUGUUCAAGUACCUGAACUGUCGACAAGUCAACCGAGCAUCGCUGCCAGCAACGCCAACAAUUGUACGAACACACGGAUCUCUUUGAGCACCGCAGCGCCCUCUAGCGACAUGAUUCAGCUGCAAACGGGCGGCACUGUGUUAGUAGUUAAUUUGCCGCCGGCACAGCACGAAGGUACUCGCAGAACUAGUCAACGUAUCUCAGCGGCGAUCCCGCAACAGCCAAAUCAGGAAUUAGUCAGUCCGCAGUGUGCCCAAUAUUGCGAAACUUCGUUAUCGACAACGACGAGCAAUAAUGCCGCCAAUUAUGCGACGCUUCAAACGUGGCAGGAUAAUGGAUGCAAUGCCAAUAACAAUAGCGGCGAAUGCAUCAUCUGCUACACGAAAAAGAUCGAUUCGGUACUUUACAGCUGCGGACACAUGUCAAUGUGUUACGAAUGUGCGAUCAAACAAUGGCGCAUGGGAACGGGACACUGUCCUUUGUGCAGAGCCGUCAUCAAAGACGUCAUUCGUACCUACAAGACCUAAGAAAAUAGAAGAAAAAAGUUAAAAGACACAAAAAAAAUACCAAAGACUAUCACCAAUCAAAUUGUAACACAAAGAAAGGCAUUCACAUGAAAAAAAAUAUAAAAUAAUAUAAAAGAAGAAGAGAUUUAACGAAAAAAAUGGCAUGAAACUAUUAUAACUAGGCACGUUUUAUUCUUAAUAAUAUUCUGAAAAAUUUUAAAAAUUAAAAAAAAAAAGACGAGAAUCUCUAUGAAACUCUCUGAUAGACUAAAUUUUUAUAAUUUUUGAACAAAACGACGGUCAGUAAAAAAAAAACAAAUUUUAUGAAUUAAGCAUUUAUUCGAUGAAAAAAGCAAUCAAGUCAUAAUUUUAAGUUCCGCGUUUAAGCUAACUAUUAUUAUUGAUGAACAAUUAAA